AAAAAAUCUUUGUGCUUAGUAAAUUCUUUGAAAAAAAUGGUAGAAAUGUGGUCUAUGAUUAGGCAACUCGAUCAAACAAAAACAACAUGGGCCAUAAAAGCCCGGGCUACAAGGGUUUACCGAGAACCCGCACAUGAUGGUUUUCCCCCUUCUAUGGAAGUCAUAUUCCAUGAUGAAGAGGGUUCUAAGAUUCACGGUCACAUCCCUGAUCAAUCCAUUCCAAAAUUUUUUGGGCUGUUCAGGGAAGGACGUGUGUAUGCUAUAAAAAAUUUUAUGGUGGAAGAAAUUUUCAUGUUUUUCAAAACCACUACAAGCGCUUAUAGGCUACGCUUCUUCAAAAAGAGUGAGGCGUUUGAAAUCAGGGUUCUAUUUCCCUUGAGGACAUUUUCGUUGGUGUCCUUCGCUGCAUUGCAAGCGCAAGACUCUAUCGACGACAGGGCAGCGAUUGCAGAUAUCAUUGGACAAGUCGUUCAUGACAAGGAUCCCAGGACAAUUCUAAAAAACGAUCGCCCUAAAAAGUUGGUUGAGCUUAUCCUUGGAGAUACAGAGGGCAAUGUCAUUGGAUGCACUCUUUGGGGUCCUAUGGUUGAUAUGUUGUUGUCGUACAAACUGACUAUGGGCGAACCCAUAGUCAUGUUGCUUCAAUGCUGCCGGGCUAAAAAAAUACCAAGGUUAUUCUUAACGGUGUGGAGGAUGAGUUCAACGAUUUUAAAACAAAAAUGGCUUCCAGAUGUGGGGAAGGUUUGAGCUUCACAAUUGCAUCUGAUACCUCAAAUGACGCUGACAUUAGUUCUGGUCAGAUUCAGUUGGUAACUAUUGAGCAACUCACUAAGACGGAAGAGGAUGGAAAGCACUGGAUAUAUGGAGAGAUUGUUGGCAUUGAUAUUUGAUAACCACAAAGAGUGGUCUUAUGUUUCGUGCAUUGGUUGUAACCGUAAAGUGACUCCCAGUGGUGACGGGUUUCAAUGCCUCUCUUGCAAUUCCUCAGACGCUGUUUUGAGGUACAAGGUCAACAUUCGAGUGGUCGAUACAACUUCGCACGCGUCGUUUCUGCUCUGGGACAGAGAGGUGUCGUGCUUGAUUGGGCGAUCUGCUACGUCGUUGAAAGAACAAAGGAAUUUUGGACCCAAUUAUUUCCCUUCUAAGAUCAAUGACUUGAUGGACAUCAAGGCCCUCUUCCGCAUUCAAUAUAAACGUGAGAGCAGAAAUUUCAAGGGUAAUCAGACCUACAACGUUCUUAGAAUGAAUAAUGACCCUAGAGUUAUCUCACUCUAUGUGAAGGAGACCACAUCAACAGAGGAGGAGGAUGAAUUUUCUUUGUUGAAAAGGGAGUUUGGUGGUGGAGAAAGGGUAAACGCAC